AUGGAUAGGUAUGCAUUUUUUAGUAUAUUUUAAGAUCAACAAUAAAAUGCUCCUCGUCCAUGUUGUGGUUGUUGGGUUUGUGCCGUAAAGUCGUGCCGUGUUGUAAUGUCUGUUGAAAAGUACUCCACAUUGUUGAAAGCAGACGUGCCGCGACGCUUGAAAUAGAACUGGCUUCAGCGCCUCGGCGCAGACCGGCGCUUCUGGGAUGUGGCGUUGCGCUCCACGUAGCCACUCUCAGUACAUAUGACGGCUUCUUUUUAAAAUGACGGCACAGGCGUGACAUGGCGCAUGUGUCUUCUGUGUGCCCCAGGCUUAAGGGUAAUGGCGUUGCAACAAUGAGAAAAGUAAUUAAUUAGAUCGCUCCGUUACCUAAAACAAUUAGUUACAUCGUUGUACAUAAACACGUCCCAACACAGGUGUUUCUAUCCCUGUUGCUCUUAAAACUGAGCUCACAUUUUUAAUGGAAACAUUAUUUUCUCCUUUUCUGUUUCUAACCCUAACCCAUGAACUUUGUAACAUUUUCCUGACAUUUAGACGUUAUUCGUUACCUUUUCUCAGUGUUUUUUCUCAGCUGUGGCAUUUCUCUUUUUUUCCUCUUCAACAGGAGUUUUCCUUCCCACCGUGGCCCAUUAACCCUGUUUACUCAGAAAGGAGGAUUCAGUUCAGUCUGCUGUGAAUCGGAUCAUAUCACAGCGGGAUGGACUGACUGCAUCCAUUUAUUUGAAAUCUGGACCUGCUCUAACAUGUAUUGUGCUUUCUUGUGAAUUGGCCAACAAACUGAACAAAACCUUCAUAACACAGUUUUAAUAAACUCCUCUGUGACGACAAACACACCGGUCCACCCUAAAGAGCUGCUCCUGUCAGGAAGGUUUGCCAGAACCAAAAUGUAAACAGGUCAUGGGAUUUUGUUGAGGAAGUGGAAAAUAACUAAAGAUACUCAGAAAUUAUUCAAUCCCAGUUUUAAUCCGACCUGGUCAAGUGAAAUGUGUCAAACUGGGGAUCAUAAACGGACUGAUGUGAGUAGACGAGAUGUGGGAUUGCUCAUGUGACCAACUUUCCUGAGCCCGGUGCGUCUUGGAACUGCGACCAGCAUUUUCCAUACAGAUGUAAAUCUGCAGCGCGCACACAGAUGAGACCGAUCUGCGCAGGAUGCGCUCCCUCCUCUGUGAGGGGAAGAUGAGAGUUUUUAUCUGAUAGGAUUUAUGUCCACUCACUUCAAGUGCGCUCGUGCGCACAGUCGGAAGAUGAAUAACACGACCGGUCCGGCGCUGGUCGCAGCGCGCAGCCGGGGAGAGCCACCUGCGCACCGAGCUCUAACGGGAUGCGUCCUGGCACUGCUCAUUAUCUGGACGAUUUUAGGGAACCUGACGGUGUGCGCCGCCGUUUAUCGCUACCGCCACCUGCGUGCCAAAGUUACCAACAUCUUCGUCGUGUCUCUUGCGUUAUCGGACCUUCUGGUCGCUGUGUUGGUGAUGCCGUGGAAAGCCGUGGCUGAGGUGGCCGGUUUCUGGCCGUUUGGGGUAUUCUGUAAGACCUGGCUGGCCUGUGACAUCAUGUGCUCUACUGCUUCCAUCCUGAACCUGUGUUUGAUCAGCGUGGACCGGUACUGGGCCAUCUCCAGCCCAUUCUGCUAUGAGAGGAGCAUGAACACGAAGGUUGCUUUUGUGAUGAUCGGGGUGACGUGGACCGUGUCCGUUGUAAUCUCCUUCGUUCCCGUGCAGCUGGACUGGCACCGCGCGGAGAUCAGUGACACCGAUGUGCAGCGUUUGGCUCCACGUGAUGAGAGUAGUGACGGGAGCUGCGACUCAAGCCUGAGCCGCACUUACGCAAUCUCCUCUUCCCUGAUCAGCUUUUACAUUCCCGUCAUCAUCAUGAUUGUUACCUACACCCGCAUCUACCGGAUCGCCCAGAUGCAGAUUCGGGUCAUAUCCUCCCUAGAGCGAGCGGCGGAGCACGCGCAAAGCUGCCGAUCCCACAUGCCUGAGCUUUUUCCGCACAUGUGCUCAGAAAUCGGUGCCAGCAGCUAUCAGUCUCACAUCAGUGUCCAUCCGGACUCCCAGUGUCCCGACCGGUCACACCGGGAACUCAAAGUGUCCAUCAGAAAAGAGACCAAAGUGCUGAAAACUCUGAGCAUCAUCAUGGGCGUGUUUGUCUGCUGCUGGCUGCCGUUCUUCAUCCUGAACUGCGCUCUGCCCUUUUGUACCGGACCAGGGGCCCCGGGGGCCCAGCGUGGCCCCUACUGCGUCAGCGAAAAAACCUUUGACGUGUUUGUGUGGAUUGGUUGGAGUAACUCAUCUCUUAACCCAGUUAUUUACGCCUUCAACGCGGACUUCAGGGACGCCUUCCUGCGCCUGCUGCGCUGCAGGGGUCGGGGGUUCCUGUCCGCGGUGAGCGCAGCGGUGGAGACCAUGAUGGCGAGCAACGAGGUCGCGAUCCAGCGGCGGGACAGCGCCCUGAAGGCCACCCUGGGCCUGUCCACCAGGGGAAGCCAGGACAGCGGGAACACCACGGUCACGGUGUGUUAUCACAAAGGAGCCACAAUGGAACAGGUGAUGGACACCGAGGAGAGACAUGAUGAGGACAAGCUGACUCAGAUACCCAAAUAAACGCACAGACUGAGCUCCUCCAACAGGAAAGGCUUAAAAUCAACCCCAAAUAUCACAGAACUUCAACUGUUUGCAUUGAACUUAUAUGAGUGUCUGACUGGAAAAAGUAAAAACUCCAAAAACAUUUAGUCAAGGUUUUCAAAGUUACCUUUCACAAUUUCCCCAUAAACCACUAAAACCAUCCAAGUCAAAAUAAACAGUGAAAUUUUAAAAUUUUAGAUUAAAUGUUUAGAAUAAAAUUCAUUCAUUCACUCAUUCAUUCAUUCGUUCGCUCGUUCGUUCGUUCGUUCGUUCAUUCAUCAAGUUCAAAACAUCUAGGGUCUCUCUGUAAAUCAGAAUUAUAGUAUACCAAAAUAACAGCUGGACCGAUCCCCCAUCGUCCCUGAGUCUCUUUGAUGGAGGAUCAUUUAUCAACACGCAGAAACAAGCCAGACAGAAACAUAAAGACCUAAAUACGAUAAAAAAUACCACAAAAUCCUACCAUCAAAAUAUGUAGGUGAAGAUUUCCUCAUUUAAAUAUACUUUUUUGAUUUGUUUAGAUUUGAUUCCAAAUAUUGGUCUAAAUAAAAGAUCUGGAUCUAAAUGUGGCUAAAUUUAAAAAACAUAUUGAUUUACAAUCAGAGCUCCAUACUUUCAGUUGUUCACAGUUUUUGUUUUACCAACAGUUCUAAAUAGUUCAGAUUUAUUUGCAUUUUUUAACAAAUAGUUUCACAUUUUCAGUGUAAAACCAGGCUCUCAUCUCUAAACAUCAUGUUUGUGGACAACAACGUGAAGUCUUGUAAGAACAUGAUGUUGAUGCCUUUUGCUUUAUCCAAGUAUGAAUGCCUUGGAAUGAUCCACCCCAGACUACUGGACAACCCGUUCUACCUCCUGAGUCGCUGUCACACCUCCGCUGAAGUGUUUACGCUAUCAGAACACAGCCGUGGGCCUGACCCUGUUACCUUGUCUCUUGAAUUUGUGUCACCUCUCAUGUAACAAUGCUUUCUGAUGCUCGAGGGUUUCAGGUUUAUGCUGUGGUGAAUUGUUCUUCAUUCAUGUUUUGUGUUUCUGCUCAAAAAAGGCCAAAGGUACCAGAGCAGGGAGCAGUUUUAUUUCCAGCCUGAAAAGAAAUAUUGGAUCUGCAGAGUCCCCAGGUCGGCCCUGAGCUCAGUGUUCAUGUUUCAGAUGGUAAAUGUUCUUGACUGUGGUUCUGCUCCAGCCUUUCUUUUUAAAACCUUGAGCACAUUGCUGAGCACAUGACACCCAGUAACCUACUUUAGGAAACUCCUGACAGGUUGUUUGAGGAAUAAGGUCACACUGGAGGAGCGUCGUUCUUCUUCACAUUAAAACACAAUUUCCUUGUUCCGGUGUUUGGAACCCUUAUUUUCUUAUUUUUACCAGUUUUAUCUGAUAUAAUAAACAAACAGUAAUUACUUUUUCCAGCCAUGUUACUCAUGAGGCUCCUUUUUCCUUCACGUAUGGCGACAGGCCAGAGUUGAGUUAUUUCUGAGUCUACAAAUGGGAUUAUAUAAGUGACUCACAUCAGCACUCAUGGGUUGAGCAUCUCGGUGGUGCAGUGUGCACUCUGUUUACCCCCUUUCUAUACCCUGAAAGAGACAAACAUGAAUAAUUUGUGCCUGAAGGUUGUUCCUGUGAAAGAUGUCCAGACCAGUGAGAACAUGGUGGCUUUUACUCUGACAACACUCAAAAACACUAGAUUUGAUUCCACAGAGAGGAGCAGGAGACCUCUGCUCUUCUUCGCUGCUCUGUGACAAACUUUCUAUUAUCAUUCAGAUAUUCUGGAUUAAUGAGAUCUAAGUGUUGGUGUAAAAUAUUUAGGAUGAUUAU